AAUUGAACUUUUUUGAAAAUAAGUUUUCUCUCAACAAAAUGCACAGUAUCAAAUAUCAGUAUAGUCUGCAAGUAUUUUCAGAGGAGAAAGAAACAGGAGUUGUUGACUCUUACAGAAAUUGGAUAUUGAUGAUAUGCACUUGUGUGCAGGAGAAUGACUCGGUUAAUACACUAGUGCAAUCUUUCAAAUAUUUCGGAGAUGCCUUUGAAUGUUUCAAAAUUAAAAGCUUUUCAUUUGAAGGCUAUUUUUGGUGUCAAUUUGCGAUAUUGCAGAGUUGUUGCAAUGAUUCAAAAUGAAUAGACUUUACGUACAUACAUGUUGAAUGCAACUAAAAUGAAAAAUUUUCUUUCUUGUCCAAAUACUUCGUAAAGUGUUUACCGAAAGAAUAUCUCAAAACAUUCUCUUCAAGUGUCUGCUAUGUUGUCUUUCUAGUCUGUUGAAAAAAGAACAGUAACUCCUUUUACUAUAAUUCUCAAAGACUGAAACGGAAAAAGUUGUUUCCAGAUUUUACUUGGACUGUCCGUCCUGUCUUUUGUUGACUGAAUAAAAAAGAGUUUUUCUCGGUUUUAGACCAAACGAAGAGAAUGGCAGCUAAAACUGGAGGCUUCCUCCAACUUGAGGACCUGCACUGCGGUCUCAAAAGGAGUUUCUGCUUGUUGAAAUUCGAUAAAAGUUUAGAUUCCUUUCGUUCUUUUGUGUUUUGUCAAACUGCAUUUUUAGCCUUAGAAUUCAUAUGAAUGGCUCCUACAAAUAUAAAACUUGUUGGAUUCAAGAGAAAAUAUAGCAAAGGUAGUAACAAAUACUAAAAAGAGUAUUUUAGUUUGCAAUAAAAAUUCUAUUUCAAAAGUACUCAACUAUAUAUCCUAACUUCGCUUCUGUGGAUUACACAGAAAGUUACCGACUCUCAGAUAAGGAAAGUGAACCAGUUGCAAAGAAGUUUGAAAUUCAGUUGGCCGGAAAAUAUCUAUUUUUAUU